AUGAGUGACACUACGAAGGACCUGUUCCUGGAUCCUGUGCUGCAGAAGCAGGCAGUGUGUGAGAAGCACGUGAAGGAUUGGAAGGAAGAGGUGGAGUGGAAGGAACAGAAGCAGAAACAGAAGAGGAAGCGGAAGCAAGAGGAGGAGCAGGAGUAUAUAGAUGUGGAGACACACCUGGAGCAGACACAUGCUGAAGACCCAGCCCCACUGCGGCAGUGUUUGGGCCCUGGCUGUGUGUAUGCCACCCGGCCAGGUUCCAAGUACUGCUCAGAUGACUGUGGCAUGAAGCUGGCAGCUGAACGCAUCUAUAAGAUCCUGCCCCUUCGCAUCCAGCAGUGGCAGACAAGCCCCUGCGUUGCUGAUGAGUAUGGCAAGAAAAUGCUUGAGCGCAUCCACCGUGAGCAGCAGGAUACUCACACCCGCCUGAAGGACAUGGAAUGCCAUUUCCAUGAACUUGAGGCCAUCAUUCUGCGUGGCAAACAACAGGCUAUGUACACUGAGGAGGAGAUCAAAAACGGUGACAAGGGUGGCACCGACCUGAAGAUCUUCUGUGUCUCCUGUGGGCAAUCCAUCAGUAUGCGUGUGGCUCUGCGCCACAUGGAGCGCUGCUUUGCCAAGUAUGAGUGCCAGACAACCUUUGGGUCCCUGAAACCUACUUGCAUUGAAGGGGCCACACGUCUGUUCUGUGAUGCCUAUGAUCCACAGAGUAAGAGGUACUGUAAGCGACUUCAAGUGCUGUGCCCCGAGCACUCUCGGGAUCCUAAGGUGCCCAAAGAUGAGGUGUGCGGUUGCCCGCUAGUGCGCAAUGUCUUUGAGUUCACAGGUGAUUUCUGUCGCCUCCCCAAGCGCCUGUGCAAUCGCCACUACUGCUGGGAGAAGCUGCGGCGUGCGGAGGUAGACCUGGAGCGCGUGAGGGCGUUGCACAAGCUGGAAAAGCUGCUUGAGCAGGAGCACAAGGUGCGAACGGCUAUGACAAACCGGGCAGGGCUGCUGGGCCUGAUGCUUCACCAGACGACCCAGCAUGACCCACUCACCGCUGACCUGCGCUCCAGGGCAGAGAGCUAA